GUUGAAGUCCAGUCGGUGCGCGUGCACCUAAGUAAAAUUCCUGAAUAUUCGGCUUCAUCUUUAUAAACAUCAGGGAUGGCCGAGGCACAUCAGGCAGUAGCGUUCCAGUUCACUAUAACCGCCGAGGGCAUAGACCUGCAGCUCUCUCACGAGGCCCUGAGACAGGUUUAUCUCUCCGGGCUUCGCUCCUGGAAAAAGCGCGUCAUACGCCUCAAGAAUAAUGUGAUUACAGGUGUGUAUCCUGCGAGCCCAUCUUCCUGGCUGUUUGUGGUUAUAGCGAUCCUGGCCACAAUGUACACGCGCUCGGAUCCGUCCAUGGGCCUCAUCGCUAAGAUCCAGGAGCACCUGCCGGCCAGCGGCUCUUUGAGUCUGCAGUGCCAGACGGUCGUCUCGGCCGUGGUGUUCAGCACUCUGCUGUGGCUGUCCCUCAUCUUCACCAUGAAGCUAUGCCUGAAGCAGCUGCUCUCGUACCAUCGCUGGAUGUUCGAGCAGCACGGCAACGUGUCCACCACCACCAAGAUCUGGGUGAUGUUGGUGAGGAUCUUCUCUGGUCGCCAGCCGCUGCUGUAUAGUUAUCAAGGUUCCCUGCCUAAUCUGCCAGUACCUGCUGUCAAAGACACCGUCAAAAGGUAUUUGGAGUCCGUGCGUCCUCUGAUGUCCGACUCGGAGUUUGAGAGGAUGGCAACUCUAGCGAGAGAUUUUGAGCUCACUCUAGGGAGCCGCCUUCAGUGGUACCUCAAGCUCAAGGCAUUGUGGGCCUCCAACUACGUGAGUGACUGGUGGGAGGAGUACAUCUACCUGAGAGGCCGAGGCCCCAUUAUGGUGAACAGCAACUACUAUGGCAUGGACUUUAUGUUUGUGACCCCGACUCCGAUCCAGGCAGCCAGAGCAGGAAACACACUGCACGCUCUCCUCCUGUACCGCAGGAAGCUAAACAAAGAGGAAAUCAAACCUAGCCGUAUCCCUGGCACAUUCAUUCCUCUGUGUGCAGCUCAGUGUGAGAGGCUUUUCAACACAACACGAACCCCAGGAGAGGAGACAGACACAGUGGUGCACUGGAACGACAGCGAGCACGUGGCCGUGUACCACAGGGGGCGAUAUUUCCGUCUGUGGCUCUAUCAGGCAGGCAGGAUGCUGACACCGCGCGAGAUCGAACAGCAGAUCCAGCGUAUCCUGGACGACAAGUCUGCCCCAGCACCGGGCGAGGAGAAACUGGCAGCGUUCACUGCAGGGGACAGAAUUCCAUGGGCUCAAGCCAGGAAGGAGUUCUUCAGCUCUGGCCUCAACAAGAGAUCUCUGGACUGCGUCGAGAAAGCCGCGUUCUUCGUCACUCUGGAAGACGAGGAGCAAGGCAUGAUGGGAGACGACCCGGCCGCUAGCAUGGACCGCUACGCCAAGUCUCUCCUUCACGGAAAAUGUUACGACAGGUGGUUUGAUAAGUCGUUUACUGUGGUGGUGUACAAGAAUGGGAAGAACGGCCUGAACGCCGAGCACUCCUGGGCCGACGCUCCCAUCGUCUCACACAUGUGGGAGUAUGUCCUGACCAUGGACAGUUUCCAGUUGGGUUAUAAUCAAGAGGGACAUUGUAAAGGGGAUGGGAAUCCGUCUCUGCCACACCCACAGAGGUUAUCCUGGGUCAUUCCUUCGCAGUGUCAGGAGCGCAUCGCCCAUUCGCUCUCGGUAGCGCAGGUGCUGGCCGACGACGUCGACUUUCACGUUUUCGCCUUCCGAGAUUUCGGCAAAGGCAGCAUCAAAAAGGUCCGCAUGAGCCCAGACGCCUUCAUCCAGUUAGCGCUGCAGCUAGCCUACUACAGGGACCGAGGGAUGUUCUGCCUGACGUACGAGGCAUCGAUGACGCGCCUGUUCCGCGAGGGCCGAACCGAAACCGUGCGCUCAUGCUCCAGCGAGAGCUGUGCCUUUGUCAAAGCGUUCGAGAACGGAGAGGCGGCGGACACGUGCCAGCGUUUGUUGCGUACGGCGGCUGAGAAACAUCAGAUGCUCUACCGGCUGGCCAUGACGGGAGCCGGGAUUGACCGACACCUCUUCUGCCUCUACGUCGUCUCGAAAUACCUGGGUGUCGAGUCACCCUUCCUCAAGGAGGUGUUGUCUGAGCCGUGGCGUCUCUCCACCAGUCAGACUCCAUUCCAGCAGGUGGAGCUGUUUGACCUGGUGAAUCACCCCGACUACAUCACAUGCGGUGGAGGAUUUGGGCCUGUUGCUGAUGAUGGAUACGGCGUGUCUUACAGCAUCAUCGGAGAGAAGAUCAUCAGCUUCCACGUCUCCAGCAAGCGCUCCUGUCCUCAGACUGACUGCCAUAAGUUCGGGGCGCAGCUCAGGAAGGCGAUGCUGGAUCUUUUGCAGCUCAUGAUGGACGAUAAGAAAGAAGUGGCACAACGCGAGCAGAACCACACUGCGAAGAAAGAACUGUAGUGUGGAGCGAGGUGUUCAUUCAGUAUAGGAAGAUGUAGAGUUGUUUUUUUUUUUUUUCCUUGUUUAGUGAAUUGUCUUGGGGUUAUUUUUUUUCUCCUUUGUAUGUGUGUGUGUGUGUGUGUGUGUGUGUGUGUGUGUGUGUUAGAAUGAUGCAAGGGACCAGAGUCAGGAUAGAAUCACAGCUGCAUUAACAUAUGGAGAGAUGACUUUAGAAGAUGAAAAAGAAGAAGGUGAUCCGCUCCAGUCUUAAAUGCCUUAAGUGUUCAGGAGGUACCCAGGGAUUAAUAGCAACAUCUAGGGUCCGACAUGAAAGCUCCUGCGUCCAGAUCCGAUCCAGUCAGUUCAGCUCAGUAUUUUUUUUUUUUUUUACUUUUACGCAAGUGCAGCAUAAAAGCAUACACAACAAUGUAUUUAAAGCGACGUAACGUUUUAUCACCCUAGUCAAUGAAAUGUGGAGAACAUGGAUGAAAAGGGCGUCAUAGCUUAGCGCGUCAUAGCCUGCAUGCUAAUUUAACAGUUUAAAUACUAGCUCGGAGCACAAGAGUGCGACUUAACGUACGCAAGUACGCUGUAUUAUCGUGUCUAACGCUAACUUUAUGCUUCGCUUCAUUACUUUCAUUUCAACAUGAAAAACUCUUCAGUAUCACCUGCUUAUCUUUUUAACGAGGUUUUUUUUUUUUAAUAAAGCUUUCUGGGUAAACUCUG